AUGGCGACUACAAAGGACAGCACUGAUAAUUUUGAGGAUUUAUUGACUUGUACCAUUUGUUUAGAGACAUUUACAGAACCCAAAUAUUUACCUUGUCUCCAUACAUUCUGUCAGACAUGCAUAAACACUUACAUUCUGUCUACCGUGGACAAGGGGAAAACUGAAACAACUUUUAAGUGUCCGAUUUGUCGACAGGAUGUUUUGAUGGAAGAGUCACCAGGUAACACAGAGACCUGGGCUAAAAAAUUACCAGGAAAUCAUUUUGUUGCUUCAAUGAUGGAUAGACACGAAAUAAGAAAAAGGGAAAAAAUGUGUGAUUCAUGUAAGGUGAAUAAUAAAUCUAAAAAAGCGAGGUCUUUGUGCACAGUAUGUGAUGAGGCAUUUUGCAGUUCUUGCGAAACAUACCACAAAUCAUUUAAAAUUUCUGCAAAACACCCGAUUAUAUCUCUAGAGGACGUUGGAACUAAUAAAGAAACAGUGAUUGUUUCUUCGUUGAUAUUUUCUGAAGAACAUUCAGGGGAGAUCAUCAAGGCCUACUGUGUUGACCAUUCUAAACCAAUAUGUACAUUAUGUGCCACUUUAUCGCACAGGAAAUGUGAUGACGUAACCACAAUCGAGAAGGCAGUUUCAGGCAUAAAAAAAUCCCAGAAAUCGAUGGAAAUGUCUACAGAACUUAGAGAUACGAGUAAACAGCUGUCCGAUUUAAUACAAAACAGAAAAACCCAUUUGACAGAUUUCGAAAGUGAAGUUGGCGCUAUUCUAACAAAGGUCAGUACCAUGAAGGAUAACAUUAUCGAGCAUCUGAACAAAAUUGAAGGACAAAUCAAGGACGAAAUAAUCAAAUCGAAGAAAGAAACAGUCCUGAAACUUUCCGAAGAGUCAACAGAUCUUGAAAGUCUGAAGAGUACGGUUGAUAACUGGAUUGCUAUAUAUGAUACUUGUUUACAUCAUGGAUCCGAACUGCAAUAUUUACUGGAAAUUAAUAGAAUUAGCGAAAAUAAGGAAAAAUUUGGUGAUGCAUUUAUCAAAAGUAUGAGCAAAAUAAAGAAUAUUUCGAUGCAUUUAGAAGCUAAUGAUAUAGCAGAAAAUUUUGCAAAACGAGUUCCAGUUAUGGGACAGAUUAAACUAGUUGAAACCGACACAAGUUGUCCGAAACUGUCGCUGGACAAAACAAUAAACUUUCACAAUGGAAAUAUCAAUGUUAUAAAAUGUAUUGACUUAAACGCAAAUUCUGUAUUUCUGAGUGGUCUUUUUAUGAAAGAUGAAUUUAUCUUUACAAACAGUCAGUCAUAUGAAGUAUUGAAAUUUAGUCACAACGGAGACAUUCUCGCAAAACUUAAGCUAUCAGACGAACCAUGUGAUAUAGAUCUAAUAAAUGGCACGAAAGCUGCAGUUUCAAGUAGUUCGAAAACAAUAUAUAUUAUCAACACGCAGGAUAUGACGCUGUGUCAUAUCGUGGCUACCACAUAUCCAGUUCAUGGAUUCUGUCAUGUAAACGGGGAAUUUAUUCUUGCAAGUUGCUCAACUUUGACAUGGAUUAAUGCAACCACUGGCGUCCAAACUGAUCAGGCGUCAACAAUCGGGGACAGCUUUCUUCUAUAUGCUAAAAACAGGAGUGAUUACAUUUGUGGUGAUGGAUCAAAUACGGUGUCUAGAACAGUAAAUAAUACAAAAGUGUUUUCUUACACAAAUGAGAAACUUUCACACGCAAGAGGUAUAUACGUAGACUACGACGAAAAUUUUUAUAUUUGUGCAUACAAUUCAGGAAACAUACAUCAAAUAACAAAAGAUGGUAAGCUGAUAAGAAUUAUUCCAGCUGAAAGUAUUGGAAUAAAACAACCGUGGGUUAUACGUUUCAAGAAAAAUAGCAACCAAUUCUUUGUCACUUGCUAUCAAACGGGAAAAGUUGUCGUGUGCGAAAUAAUUUGAAAUUUUAGUAUUGUAUUUUUAUCUCUCAUUAUUCGAAUGAAGAAGUAUCGUGCAAUGUUUUUAUUUUAUUUUGAAAAAAUAAGUAAGUUAGCAAAUAAGUGAAUAGCUAUUUACAAAUGUAACAGAAUGUAAUUAAGACAGGUAUUUUGUACAUCUCUCCGAACACAUUUGUAUGUGACUAAUUUCCUAAGAAAUGAUUUAUUUAAUAAGAAAUUGUUCAUUAGCUCAUAUUGGUAAAUGAUAACGCUAUUGGUUAUGCAUGAGCCGGAAGUAUUCUAAAAAUAAAGCAAUAUAGUUUGGAA